UCUGAAGCCAAGAGUUAGUACCUGGUUUCAACUGCAUCAAUGCCCAUAAAAACAAAGGAAAGGACACUCUUUUGUCUCGCGAAGCAUUAGAGGGAAGACCAAACAGCUAAUCAUCACAAUCCCAACUUCAAAUGUAUGUUUCUAGCUUCCAUCACUCUCACCCAACUCAACCCCCUGUUCUGAAGAACCGAAAAUUCAGACCUUUCUUUUUGGGUGAUUGAAGGUUCAGACCUUGAAACCCAUGUUUUGAAGAUCGCUCAAGUUGGGAUCUUUGUCUUUGUUUUGUCUGGGUUGCAAUGUUUGCUUCAGGACAACCCGAUUCUGGUAAAUUUUAUCAAUGUAUACGGGAACUAGGUGACAAUGUUGAGAAGUUGAUCUCAGAGCUGCACACAGAUCUGUUAAAAGCUGAACAAGAGAAUAAAGAUCUCAGGGAAGAGCUUGCGCAAAGUGAAGCUCGAAACAGAGAGCUUGCGAAAGAACUUGGGCAGAACGAAAACCAAAAGAAUGUGGUUAACCAAGAGCCUGAGAAUAGUGAAGCUCAAAAUAAAGAGCCUAAAACUGUAGUCUUAGAACAGCAGAAAACUUUGUUAAGCUAUGAAUUUCAAUUGAAACAUGCUAGGAAAGAUCUUGCUCGGAGUGAAGGUCAAAUUGAGGAUCUAAAGGAAGAACUUGAUCAGGUUGCCUCUAACGCGAGUACUACUGUGCAACAAAUUGAGUCGAGGAUUGAUGUAAUGACCAAAGAGCACGAGAGCUUGAAUAGAGAGUACAAUCAAGCUUUGGAGGAGCGCGAUGUGGCUUUGGUGAAGUUGAACACCAUUGGAGCAGAGCUAAAGGGGGCAAAAAAAGACUUGGAAUCAGGGAAGAAUGUGUUGGAGACCGAAAGGAUAUCACUGGCCGAAAAGCUUACCAAGGCAAAGGAGGGCUGGUAUGCUGAGAAGAUAGCACUAGCUGAUAGGCUUACUAAGGCGAAGGAGGCUUAGGACGCUGAGAGGAAAGGACUGGUUGAGAUGCAUACAAAGGCAAAGGAGGUGUGGGAAUCUGAGAGGAAAGGACUGACUGAGAUGAAUUUUAAGGCAAAGGAGCUGUGGAAAUUUGAGAGAUUAGCACUGAUUGAAACACAUACUAAGGAAAAGGAGGUGUGGGAGGCUCAGAGAGUAGCAUUGCAUAAGAGGUUUACUGAGGUAAAGGAGUUUUGGGAAGUUGAGUGUACAGCUCUGGCUGAGUGGCUUGCCAAGGUAACUGAUGUGCGGGAGGCCAAGCAAAUAGCAGAGUGCCCUGUGAAUUUAAGGCAAAGAGUUGGGAAUAUAAUCUCCACCAGAAAAAAUGAGCAAGGAGAAGAAGCAUAUACCAAAGGUCCUUGCAAGUUUCGUCAACUUUCACAGGCAACUGUCAUAGAUAUUCUCUCAAGGCUCCCAGUCAAGUCCCUCUUUAACUGCAUGUACGUUUGCAAAGCAUGGCAUGUGUUAAUGUCUGGCUCUCGUUUUCUUAUCUCCACCAUAAAAGAUCACCCAUUGGGAUCUUGAUCCAUACAUAUUCCCCUGAAGGGCCUUCAAGGGAACUUGAUUUCAACCAGAUAGACAAAAGUCCUCGUUCUAACUCUUCUGAUUUGUGGCUUGAGAAAAUAAAAUUUUCUCCAGAUAAUAGUCUACCAAGUUCUACAAUUAAGUUGUGGAAUUCAUGCAAUGGUUUAAUUUGUUUGUCUGGACCCAAAAGAGAUGGUUGCUGCUAUGUGUGCAAUCCCAUUUUGGGUGAGUUUAUUACCAUUCCAUAUGGGGGACAAUGCCAUGGUUUUAUUGGACUUGGUUUCAGCAUCAAGAGUAAUCAGUGCAAGUUAUUGCGAAUGUCUAGUCCUGUGUUUACUCCGAGAAUUGGUAAUGAGACUUCAUCGAGCUCCUGCAAUGGCUACCGUUGGGCUGAGAUAUACACAUUAGGGACCAGAGAUUGGAGAAAGAUUGGAAUUGUUCCCAACUAUGGAAGUAGUCUCAAGGUUCCAUUUGAUGCUAUUUUGCAUGGAGCUCUUCAUUGGGUUUCCUUUUGGGGCAGGAGCAGUGAAUUUAUACAUUCUUGCGACUUUGAAAGAGAAAAGUUUCAACAAAUACCCCCACCCGGCAACUUUGGACUGAUACAGAAGCAGUAUACUGAUAGCUUGAAGUUGGGAGUGUUAAGAGAUUGUCUCAUUUUAUCUGUUUUUGCUGAUGAUUCUAGCAGAUUUGACAUAUGGAUUAUGAAGGAUUACGGUAUCCAAGAGUCUUGGACCAGAAGUAUUGUCAUUGAUAACAUCUUUCCGAUGAAGCUCAGUUUUGUUUGUUAUGAACCUAUUAUGCUUUUGAGUAAUGGGGAAUCCUGUUGUUGAACGAUGAUGAUCCCCAACUUGUAGUUUGUUAUAAUCAAGAAACAAAGAGUUUCAGGGAAACUAGAAUUACUUCAACUACAUUGCCAUUGAUUCAACUUGCUUACUGUCCAUCCUUUGUUUCACUCCAUGAUGUUUCUAAAGGGGAGGAGGUGAAAAGGUACUUCAAAGUAUAAGUUCAGUUACAAUUUUUUGCUACCACUUUUUAUAUAAUCUUUACUAUAGGUUGAUGUUUUCUAGGAACAUAUGAUCUGGUAUUGCAUAUUUGAUCAUGCAUCCCUAUUACUGUACAUGGAAGUAAUUAUGGAAUACAGCCCUGCUCAUUAGACUUGAAGAUGUUGUGUAUCAGAAUUUUAUCUGGGAUCUUAUUUUUGAUUAUAGACGAGUUCUCUUAUUGGGGAUUUAGAAAAAUCGUGUGGGCAAUAGUUUUCUGUGACCAAAUACGAGAUUAGUUUAUUGC